AUGGCUGGACCGAGCAUUCCACCAUUCAUUCUAUACGGAUUGGCUUUGACCGUCGUGGUCUUUGGCGCCCUCAAAUUAUGCCGAGUGGGAAUGAGGCCCAAAGACUUUCCCCCAGGACCUCGUACAUUGCCAAUUCUGGGAAAUCUGCACCAGUUCCCGCUGAAGGACAUGCACUUACAGUUCCAAAAGUGGACGCAGGAAUAUGGGCCUCUCGUGGGACUUCAACUGGGAACCCAGCGCAUCAUCCUCCUCGGCUCAGCAAGCGCGGUGCAUGAUCUGUUGGAAAAGAGGAGUGCGAACAAUUCAACUCGAAUGGACAUUCUGUUUCGCGAAUAUGGAAAUGAUCUAAACAUAUUCUUUCGACCAUACGAUGAUGUAUGGAAAAGGCAACGAAAAGUCUACCACGUGCGUCUGAAUUCUAAGUUGGCCAACAACUAUCUUCCAUAUCAGUAUUUCGAGACGGCUCAGCUGCUCCACGACUUGCUCGAGACGCCGGAUGACUUUCGACACCACUUUGAACGAUUUACGAUCAGCAUCGGGGCGACGAUUGCAUAUGGCAAGCGAUUCCCGUCGGCUGACAUCCGAGAAGUCAAAAUCUUGACGGAGAUCUUGCAGUGGUUCCGCCGGGCAGUCAUCGCAGGAGCUUCCCUUCAGUUGGCCGACUGGUGGCCGGUCCUCCGACCCAUCAUCCGAGCCGUGCCAUAUCGGAUUAACCCACUUAAGAGAUACCUAGGAGAGUUGGAGAGAAUGGAGGUGGGGCUGUGGAAGACCCUCGUCGAUGAAACCAGGGAUCACAUCCAGAAAGGACGUUAUUAUCCAAGCUUGUGUCGUGACAUGAUACUGUCCAACGAGAAAGGCAAGGACCAAUUGAGCGAGCGUGAACUGUGGUAUAACUCCGGUCAUGCCUGGGCCGCCGCAACAGAUACGCAAUCAAACACCCUCUUGGGCUUUGUCAAGGCAAUGGUGCUGUUUCCCGAAGUCCAGAGUCGAGCGCGGACCGAGAUUGACUCGGUAGUGGGUGCGACACGACUACCUGAAUGGACCGACCGUGGAAACAUGCCAUAUCUAAGACGAUGUGUGGAGGAGACACUACGCUGGCAGCCCACGACACUCACGGGCGGGCCGAUGCCUCAUGCUUCGAUGAAAGAUGAUGUCUACAUGGGUUAUUCGAUCCCUGCCGGAACAGGACUGAUGAACUGUGUUUGGACUAUCAACAACGACCCGACAAGAUACGACAACCCACGCGACUUCAACCCCGAGCGGUUCCCGGAAGAGGAGUCUGGCAUGGACGCCUAUUCCAUCACCCAGAACUACGAAAAGAGGCCACACCUCACCUUCGGCGCUGGACGAAGGGUCUGCCCGGGCUCCCAUGUCGCGGAUCGCACAUUAUUCAUAACUAUGGCCCGGCUGCUCUGGGCUUUUGAAUUCCACCACAAGCUCGACGCGCAAGGGGCGCCAAUCCCCGUUGAGAGAGAUGCGCUGACCGAGGGUUUGGUGGUCGGACCUGCUCCGUUCCAAUGUACCAUCAAGCCUCGGAGCGAGGACAAGGUCGAUAUUAUCCGAAAGCUAUACCAAGACACUGCGAAAGAGCUUGAUCAAUGGGGGAACUACACAGAGGAGUUCUUCAAAGAAAAUUGGACAGCCGCGGACCUCAAGUAG